AAGGGUAUUAUUCACACUUUUUUCCGUAGCUUAAUAUUUAUUUUCAAAGACUAUCUUGUCAUUAAUUUACCCUGUAGGUAAUAAAAUCCCAGCUCAAGUAUAUUUCAUUUCCAAUCUUGCUUACUGUGUUCAUAAUGACUGGCACCAACCUCACAGGGCCUAGGCUAACAUAAACAUCACUCUUAUGCUGUACUAAAACAUUCAUUUAGUCUAGAGUCUUGCUUUUGAGAACAUCACCCAUUCUCAACCACCUCAACUCUGCCACCUAAUAAAUUUAUAUUAAAAUAUAAAGAAUUUAUUAAUGUAUCCUCAAACUGUGUACUUUUUCAUCAGUGAUUCUUGAAAUUAACUUUUCUUGUUCCUAGUCAAGAAAAUACUUUCUUAUUACUUUUUUCUUAUUUCCUGUAGUAAGUUAGAAUGAUGAGCAUUCGAUCAUAUCUUGUGCCAAUUCUGGCCCUUGGGGCCAUGGCUUGGUCCAUUUCAGCCCAUGAAAAUGAUUUAGAAGAAGAAGGCUCAGCAACUUUGCUCACAGAAGAAUCCUUCUCUACUGCAAUCAAGGAAAAGCCACAUUUUGUUAUGUUUUUUGCGCCAUGGUGUGGACACUGCAAAAAGUUAGCCCCUGUUUGGCAAGAACUUCAUGAUGAGCUUGGGGGCUAUGGUGCGGGUACAUCUGAAACUGAGGCACUUAAUGUUGGAGUUGCUCGAGUAGACUGCACUCAGCAGACAGCUCUGUGCUCACAACAUCAAGUGACUGGAUACCCUACUUUAAAAUUCUUCAAGGAGGCUGAGGACAACUUGAAAUACAAAGGAGCUCGUUCUCUUCCUGAACUUGUUAAGUUUGUGAAGCAGCAGAUGGGACUCAUUGAGAAUCCAGAUCAACCUAAGAAGGAGAGAGAAGAAACUGGACCAGCCACUAUUAUCUACACAGCUGAUACUUUUGAGUCAGCCAUCUCCCAGGGCCAUCACUUUGUCAAGUUCUUUGCACCUUGGUGUGGUCACUGUCAGCGCCUAGCACCAAUUUGGGAUCAAUUGGCUGACUCACUAGCUGACACAGAGCACAUCACCAUUGGCAAGCUGGACUGCACUGAACACAGAGAGAUCUGCACCAAGUAUGCAGUGAAGGGAUACCCAACUUUGUUGUGGUUCACUGAUGGCAAGCAGGUGGGAGACCGGUAUGCUGGCGACCGCAGCCUGGACGCUCUGCGAAUCUUUGCUCUUGACCAGGCAAAGAAGCCCAGCAAGCCUGUCACUGUUGAUGCCCCCAAGAAUGAUGAAGCCCCCAGCAGCGACAGUACGCCCUCGCCCCCUGAGGUUACCUCCUCAGUGUUGAGUCUCACGGCCGACAACUUCCAAGCCACCAUUGCUGAGGGCCUCACGCUCGUCAAGUUCUUUGCUCCAUGGUGCGGCCAUUGCAAGAAGAUGGCCGGUGCCUAUGAAGAGCUCGGCAAUAAGUUUUUGGGCCAAGAAGGCAUCACGAUUGCUGAAGUUGACUGCACGGUGCCUGCCAACAAGGAACUUUGUUCUGAGCAGAGCGUGAAAGGCUUCCCGACGCUGCUGCUGUACAGGGACGGCAAGAUGGAGGCUACGUAUGAAGGCGACCGCUCCACCGACAACAUGGCCAAGUUUGUCUCAGAGCGACUUGUUCAUGACGAACUUUAAGUUACACAUGGCGCCUCUUCAGACACAAUUAGCAGGAGUUCAAUUGUUGUAAUAAAAACAAUUUUAAAUGGGUGGUAUGCUAAAGAGCUGGCAUUUUAUUCUCCAGAUAUACAAAUUAUUUAUUUAUUUAUUUUUGUUUAUUGAAUCUUACAUAAUUUGCUGUUUGUUAUUUGAAAAAUAAUUAGAGUAUUUUGUGAGUGCUCCAGCAAAAAUACGUAGAAAUGAGAGAAAAUUAUUGACGGGAGUUAAUGUUGUAUGUGGGAUUUUGUACUUAAUUUGUACACGUGUUUUUUGUGUGUCACACCACGUUUGAAAUGUCAUCACCGAAUUUAUCUUUCACAAUCAAUUUUGUUCAGAGUCUUUCUUCGAAAAAAUUCUCCCAUUUAUUAAAGCCAAAGUCUUUUUUGAAUAUUAUUGGUAAACUUCGAUUUUUGGCACAUUGAAAUUUUUAAACUUCCGCUUGAGCGGUUAAUACUAACAAUAUAAUAAUUAAAAUCUGAAAUAUCAGCGCAAAAUUAUUGCUUUCAUCACCUUGUAAGCCCGCAAUCUUUCAGAGGUUGAAAAGUGAGGCCUUCGACCAAUCUUUCAACUUUCAUUGCUCAUUUCUGUUGGUAGCAUGAGCGUUUAAGAGCAAUAUUAAUGUUUUGUUAAAGAUUCUUCAGCAAUGCUACAUUUGGAAUUUUUAGUGUCAACACCUAAAUGUGAGUCAUGAAUGGCAUUCGUAAUUUGAAGUAAAAAGUGAACCUAAUUUCUUGAGAAAAUCUGUAUCGAUAAAAUGGCUGUGUGGUUAGUUGCGUCGCGCCCAGGCAACAACGUAUAGCAUAUCAUGACCAUGUUCUCCUUCAGGCUAGGCCUUUUUAAAAAAUUUAAUUUAUGUAAUACUUAAGGUGUGGAACCUCCGAUCUGAGACGCUUCUAUGAAAUGACGACCAAAAUAAGGUUCAAUCAUCUAUAAAAGUCAAGUGUUACGUUCGACAUUCUAUCAUAGAAUUUUCGAAGACCGCAUGAAUGACGCUAGAAAAUAACUUGACCAAUACAGCUGUCUCCGUGAGAAGAGUUCAUCGAUUGUUGUUACUUAUAACGGAAGGUGGGGACAAAACUUCUAUUGCAACCCAUGGGUUUACAGUGUGUAAUAACUCGUUUAGUGGCCACGCUCAAUUUUGGGAAGCUCUUAUUUUCAUUACUAGUGAUGUUCCCUCACAUUUGUAAUAAAAAUGAUAACCUCUUCA